CCGUAAAUAACACAAACCUCUCAAAAGAGUUCCGCCUCCCCGCAAAAACACAAUUUACACAAACGAAGCUCGUUACAGAGAGAAAGGAGAGAGUGAGAAAGCCGAACCGGAAAAUGGCGAGCAGUCUCGCAAACAGAGCAUUAACAGAUCGAACCGGAAGCCUCUGGAGGCUCACAUCGAGCUUCCUCCGAAGCUUCAGCACCGCUUCCCAAAACCCACCCGCCGGCGCCGCUUCGCCUUCGGCGUCAAAGAAACCCAAGCGGAAGAAGAAGAAGAACCUGUUCGAGGUGGCCCAGUUUCUGCCCAACUGGGGAUUGGGGUACCAAAUGGCUAAGACCCACUGGGUCGGCGUCUCUUACCAGAUUACAAAAAUCAAUCUUUACAAGGAUGGUAGACAUGGCAAAGCAUGGGGAAUCGUUCAUAAGGAAGGCUUGCCAGCCGCAGAUGCCCCCAAGAAAAUAAGCGGAGUCCACAAGCGUGGUUGGAGGUACAUUCCAAACUCGAAGACUGAAAUUGUUCCAAGUAUGACUAAACGUACGGAAAGUGCUCCAGCAGCUGAAGUUCAAGCAGCUUGAUACGUUUUCCUCCAAUUUUAGGGAAUUUAGCCUGAUCUGUUAUACUUGGAUGUUCUUUUUCAGUUACUCAGUUGUAUCCUCCAUCGGUACAAUUUUUUGUUAGAUAAGGUAGUGUGUUUUUUUUUUUUUUUAAUCAGUUUGUUAUGACGAUCCACUGUAGCAUCCUCCCUUGUGCACUGAAACUAGAAUAAUAUCUCGGAACUGCAAAAUCGGAAGGAAAUUGUUAUUGGCGCUCUAAAUUUCCCAUUCUACACUCCAAAAUUUCUAUAUUUAGAAAGAAAAAUACACUUAUAAGGAGUGUAGAAUGAGAUUUUUUGAUUGCCAAUAAUACUUCCCAAUUGGAAAUGGAUUAUAAAAAAGGAUUGAGCAUGUUUGAGUUUGGUUA